UGUCCAAUACUCAGUAUUUGGUUUAAUUUCAUUAGACCCAGUCAACAUGACAUUAUUUAUUUACAUUUUAUUGAUUUCAACAAUUAUAUAUAAAGAAUCAAAAGUUUUGGGGCAAUGUACAAUGGAGUCAUCUAGCAUACGUAUUAAAAGACCCAUCUACGAUUUCACGAUCAAUUUAGCAACAAGAAUUGCUCAAGAGAAGGAUAACCAUUUCAUAUCAUCCACGUUGUCGCAGUGGACGCUAAUUUCGGAACUUUCAUUGGGAGCUACGGACGAUACGCUAGAGGACAUACAAAAAGUACUUAGACUUCACAAACACAGGUGUUUCAAUGAAAACUAUUGGAAAAUUAUCAAGUCUUUACUAGAUUCCGGUGAUGUCACUAUUGGAAGAUCGUCAAUGAUAAUUAUAGAUAAAGAAUUUGAGUUAAAAGACGCAUUCAGUAAUAGCAUCACAAAAACGGGACUAUGUGAAAUAUCUUUGCAGGAUUUCGAAGAGACUAUCACUUCGGCGACGGCUGUUAAUGAUUAUGUGAAUCAAGUAACACAAGGAGUCAUAGAUGAUGUAGUGACCCCCAACGACUUUGACAGUUUGAAUCUUAUUUUAAUCGAUGCUUUAUAUUUUAAAGGAACCUGGUCUAAAACAUUCGCAACCACUAAUACCGAUACUGCAUCGUUUUACGAUGAAAUAGGUAAUCGAGUGGGUGAAGUUAAUCUGAUGUAUGUCAAUGAUAAAUUUAACGUGACUACGAUUGAACAAGUAAACGCUAAAGUACUUGAACUGCCUUAUGGAACAGAUAGCGGUUUUUCUAUGUUGAUAUUCCUGCCCGAUGUUGGAACCCAGCUAUCUUCUGUUAUAUACAACUUAAAGAAAAUCAGUUUGGCCACUGUGUUCAGGAAAUUCGAAAUGGAAGGGCCACGUACAGUGACAGUGGAGAUACCGAGAUUCAAGAUAACAUCAGAUCUGGACAAUUUGAGAGAACUACUCAGCGAUAUGGGUUUGAAGACAAUGUUUGACAGUACUAGAGCGAGCUUCUUCUACCUAUCGGAUCAACCUCUGUACGUUUCAGACUUCAUACAGAAAGCUAGCAUUGAAGUGACUGAAGAAGGCACCGAGGCAGCCGCGGUUUCUGAAGCAGGGUUAAGAUGGAGAACUUUGGAUGAGGAAUUCAUUGCGAAUCGACCAUUCGCGUUUAUAAUCGUGAAUUCUCGUAGUCAAUUGCCAUUGUUUAUUGGGGCUUACUCAAAGCCGAGUGUUUAUUGAGUUUGUGUAAAAAAAAUAAUUUGCAACAUUGUUUUGUAUUUAUAACUAAUGCAUACGACAUCUUUCUAACAUAACAAAAUAAAAUUUGAGUAUGAUGUA